UGGGGACGCAGGAUCAGCGUGGAAAAAAAAAAACUCAACAUGGGGAAAAGAAGACAGAACAAGCAGCUUUUCACCAGUCUUUCCAAAAAGCAGAAGAAACACCUGAAAGAGUUUGGGGAGGAGCACCCAUUCCAUGACAAUGUUAAUGAAAGACCCGAGAGAACUCAAAUAGUGGACAUGCCAUCAAGUCCAGAACCAUCUGAAAAUAAAAACCAGGAAGAGGAGGAAGAGGAGGAACCAGAAGAGAAGACAGCCUAUCAGAAGCUCCUCUCAACUCUUACCCAAACUACUGACAACAACCAGAGUGAAGAUGAGGAGAGCUCAGAUCAUGAGGAUGAAGACGAUGAGCUGCUUGAUGAAGGCGAUGAGCUGCUUGAUGAAGAUGAAAGUGACGGAGGCGGAGAGGAUGAUGAGGGAGUUGAUGAGGAGGAGGAGGAGGAAGUUGAAGAAGGUGAAGAUCUGACUGAAGCACCUGAAGGAGAGGAGGGGGACGAGAAGGAGGGAGUAAUGGGAGAUGAGAAGGAAGCGGAUGAGGAGUUCACAGACAAGGCAAAUGAGUCUCAAUUCUGUCUGGAGUCCAACUUCAUGGGUGAGGAAGAGCAGGAGGGAGAACAAGAGAACAGUAAAGACACUUUCCUUCAUCAUCUGGACACAGAGCUUGGUGAAGAGGAUGUGCAGAAACUUACAUCUGGCACCAAAACCAAGACUCAAAUAGCGUGGCCAAAACUGGGCACUCUGUUAUGCUCCACUCCUCUGGAAAGGUUCGGCUCCAUCGGCCGGGAGAAAGACACCGGUCUCCCAGUCUUCCAUAAAGUCCUGGAGACCCGCUGGAGGUCUCUGAACCAGGCAUCCAACCCUCAAGCAGCAGCAGAGGACAUCAACCCCCUUCAGCAGGAGCUUUUAGCACUGAUGGGAUCCUAUAAGGACCUCUACUACCCUGAGAGCUCACCUAUGACUCAGGGCUCACAGGUUCGCAGUGCCUACUGCCUUCAUGUGCUCAACCAUGUGCUGAAGGCCAACUCCCACGUCCUCGCUCACAAUGCCCAGCUGAGAGAACGGCAAGCUGAGGCCAAGCCUGGGGCUGAGCCACAGGAUGAACCCCGAGACCAGGGUCUUACCCGGCCCAAGGUGUUGAUCCUUGUGCCAUUUCGGGAUGUGGCGUUGCGAGUCAUCCAGACGCUCAUCGGCCUGCUGGAGACCAAAGGCAAGAAGAUGGACGUCAGCAACAAAAAGAGGUUCAAGGAUGAAUACGGAGUGGAGACGGAGGACAAACCCCCCAACCUUCACAGGCCGGAGGACUACCAUGCCAUCUUCUCAGGCAACGUGGACGAUCAUUUCAGGAUAGGUGUGUCCAUCUUGAAGAGGAGCAUGCGCCUCUAUGCCCCCUUCUACUCCUCAGACAUCAUCAUCGCAUCACCACUGGGCUUGCGCAUUGUCCUGGGGGCAGAGGGGGAGAAGAAGAGGGAUUUUGACUUCCUGUCCUCCAUUGAGCUGCUGGUGGUGGACCAGGCGGAUGUCUUCCUGAUGCAGAACUGGGAACAUGUGCUGCAUGUACUCAAGCAUGUGAACCUGCAGCCACUGGAUUCCCAUGGGGUGGACUUCUCCAGGGUGAGGAUGUGGAACCUGAACAACUGGGCCCACCACUACAGGCAAACGCUGGUGUUCAGCUCCAUCCAGGAACCUCAGAUCAACAAUAUCUUUUCCAAGUACUGUGCCAACUACCGUGGACAGGUUUCCAUAAAGAACAUUCCAAAAACAGGUUCAAUCUGCCAGGUUCUGGUGCAGCUGCCUCACGUCUUCCACAUGUUCUCCUCUGACAGCUUCAUGGACCAGGAUGCCAGGUUUCAGUUCUUUGUUGACAAUGUUCUGCCUCAGUACAAGGACUCGGUCAUGUCCCACACCCUAAUCUACAUCCCCUCCUACUUCGACUAUGUCCGCCUCCGUAACUACAUGAAAAAGGAAGAGAUUAACUUCGGCAGCAUCUGCGAAUACUCCAGCAAAGCAGAGGUGGCCCGAGCCAGGCACUUCUUUCAGAAGGGAGACAAACAGUUCCUGCUCUUCACCGAGCGCUUCCACUUCUAUAAGAGAUACAACCUCAAGGGGAUCCAGAAUCUGAUCUUUUAUGGGCUUCCUACCUACCCCCACUUCUACAGUGAAGUGUGCAACAUGCUGGCAGCAGGGGACGCAGGAGAGGAGGCCAGCUGGACGUGCGCCGUCCUCUACUCCCGCUACGAUGCACAGAAACUGGCGGCCGUCACGGGGGCGCGGCGGGCCGGACAGAUGCUGCACUCCAAUAAGACGGUUCACCUCUUCAUUACGGGGGAGGAGGACAAAGCCCCCUGACUGUCCAGAGAGCACGGAACUGAAACUAUGGUAGAUCUCAACGUGAGAGACUCUUGCUGAGCCCGGAACGGCCCCGGUAUUUAUUGAUGCAGACGUUGUGGUGUAACUUUUACCUUGUAUGUGUUGA